CAUUACGCCUCUUGCUCAGGAAGGGUCCAGGAAGGGUCCAGCGAGCUAUAAAAAUCUGCUGAGGGGAGCCCUUAGUUACUUGUAGUCCCAUCACCUCAGGAAAGGAUCAACCAUGAAACUCUACACAGCAGCCAUUCUGACCAUCGCUUUUUUCGAGCUCUUCAGUGUAUAUAUUAUUACAGGUAUGUUUAAAAUAUUAUUAAUAGUAGUCGUAUGUUUAUUUCAUAUCCUGGGAAGCGUAGUUUGUUAAGGGUGCUAAGAGUUGUUUGAAUACCCUUAUUUCCCUCUCUGAGCUACAAUUUGCAGAGCAGUUUAACAAUCCAUCUCCACACUGGGAAUUCUGAGAACUGUAGUUCUCAGAGGAUAAAUGUUGUUGUUGUUUAGUUGUUUAGUCGUGUCCGACUCUUCGUGACCCCAUGGACCAGAGCACGCCAGGCACUCCUGUCUUCCACUGCCUCCUGCAGUUUGGUCAAACUCAUGCUGGUAGCUUCGAAGACACUAUCCAACCAUCUCGUCCUCUGUCGUCCCCUUCUCCUUGUGCCCUCAAUCUUUCCAACUUCAGGGUCUUUUCCAGGGUGUCUUCUCUUCUCAUGAGGUGGCCAAAGUAUUGGAGCCUCAGCUUCACGAUCUGUCCUUCCAGUGAGCACUUAGGGCUGAUUUCCUUAAGACGAUAAAUAGGGGACUCCUAAUGAUAAUUUCCAUGUGGAUGCUGAAAUCUUUUCCUGUGCACCUAUGUUCCUACCUGGAUUGAUAGAAGCCGAGAAAUGUUUUCCUUGCAGUAGAAGUGCAGUUUUCAGGAUGGGGGAGAGAGAGAUUUCAAUCACUACCCUAAAUGAGUAACGGACGACAGAGGACAAGAUGGUUGGAUAGUGUUCUUGAAGCUACCAGCAUGAGUUUGACCAAACUGCGGGAGGCAGUGGAAGACAAAAGUGCCUGGCGUGCUCUUGUCCAUGGGGUCACCAAGAGUCGGACACGACUAAACGACUAAACAACAACAACAACAAAUGAGUAACAGUUGUGAUUUAUUGUAUUGUAAAUCCAAUAGCUAGAAGACCAACAGAGAUCAGAACCACUUGCAGACAUGCAAGAACAAAAGGAACCCCUUUAUUUUUUGUAUUUUAAAGUUGUUUUACACUUUUAAAUAGCGUGUUUUAAUAUUAAUGGAGGUUUUUAAAUUGUUGUAACCUGCCCUGAGACAUUAGGGUGAGGGGAAGGAAAUAAGUUCUAAUUCUAAUAAUAAUGUUCCUGAUUAUUUGAUGCCAGUUAAACUUAUAUUUUAUCUCUUUUUAAGGAACGCUUGGAUCUCAGACUAUGGCACUCGACUCCUGUAUAACCUUAGAGACAAAUGAAAUGAACAUCCGAAGAUUUGCUAGUUAUACAACCCAAACCAGACCAGUAAAAGCUGUGAUGUAAGUAUCUUGCCUAAUCUUCAACUGUAAAGUAGCCUACAAGUCUGAAGAAAGAGACAUGCUUGCGUGACUUUCCAAAGAAACACAGAUUCCAGUUAGAAGUAGUAGUAUUACCAGUGUAUACUAUGCAAUGUUCAUUCCAUGUUCUAUCUGAUAACUGUCUGGGUGGGUGACCAAAUAUGUGAUUAAUAUAGGAGACUAUUGCAUCAUGGCUAUGCUCUGCCUCCCUAUCAGAGGCAGCAUGCUCUUGCCCUUGGGUCCCAAUUGCAUGCUUCCCAUGGCAUCUGCUUGGCCACUACAAGAACAGGAUGCUGGACUAAUAAUAAUAAUAAUAAUAAUAAUAAUAAUAAUAAUAAAUUUUAUUUAUACCUCACCCUCCCCGGCCAAAGCUGGGCUCAGGGUAGCUAACACCAGUAAAAUUACAAUAAAAACACAAUAGGAAAAAAUACUAAUUUAAAAUAACGCCCUCCCAUCAGAUGUCAAAGCGAUAAACAACUAUCUGACGUUUAGACGACAUCUGAAGGCAGCCCUGUUCAGGGAAGUUUUUAAUGUGUGACAUUUUAGUGUAUUUUUGGUCUCUGUGGAAGCCGCCCAGAGUGGCUGGGGAAACCCAGCCAGAUGGGUGGGGUACAAAUAAUAAAUUAUUAUUAUUAUUAUAUUAUUAUUAUUAGAUGGGCCAUUGGCCUGAUCCAGCAGGCUCUUCUUGUGUUCUUGUUUUAAGUGGAGGCAUCUAAUGGUGUCCAGCAUUCAUCAUUCAAACUUCCAACCUAUUACUGACACCAAUCCAACCGGAAGCCAAUAAAAUUUUAGCUGCAAUCCUUUGCAAGUCUACUCAGAAAUAAGUCUCAUUGAGUCCCAUUGUGCUGGAUUCCACUUGCUCCUAGUGGACACAGAACAGCUGCCCAAAGCACUGUGUUUCACAUUUCACACAGAAAUACAAUCCACAAUAAUUCUUUAACAAAAUUAAACUUAGUGAUUUGCUUUCUAUUCUCUUGCAGCUUAAUCACCAGAAGAGGUGUCAAGGUCUGUGUGCCACAUGAUCUUCCAUGGGUGACAAAAACCAUGAACUACUUGGACCAAAAAAAGGCAAUACAGCAAAGAAGAACAACAUCUAGGAAGAUGACCAGCUAGGCUGCUGCACAUCAAAUCAUCAAUAGCUGCUCAUAACUUUGGCUAAUUCCUGACUGGAAAUAAAGUUACUGAACUGAUGUAGUUUCACUGGAAUCUAUUCAUCCAUCAAAGCAAUGCUGAUGCAAUUACAGCAUUUUAAUGCUGCCUUUAGUCUUAAUUAUUUUAGGACAACCUUUUUUAUUUAUUGGAAGAAGGCAGCUCUUUCAAUAUUUUCAAUUGAAGCUGUUUUCAGUGUUUGGGGAGUACUUAUUCAGAGUUUCCCUUUUCAUCAUAUUGUUUCUCUGGUUUAUAGUGUCCUUCGAAGACAAUAUUAAUGUAGAGUGUUCUAUGAUUGCAUACAACUGAUUGUUCCCCUGUUAGGAUGGCUGAGGGCUUCCUGUGCUUAAGAUAUCACUGAUUAUACAAACAUAAACCCCAGGGGAUGCUGGGGGUUGGGGGGAGAGGAGCCCUAGAAACCAAUCUGGCACUUACAAAAUGAUGAGGCCCCCAUGGAUAUUCAGAAUGUUCUUUUAUCUCAUGAACCUUCAUGUGAAUAGCCAGAUUUCUAGGUAAAGCUCAUCACUCUUCCACAGUGCCAGUUAGCAAAAGAGUUUUGGCACUACCUAGGUCACUAAGAUACAUAUGGCUGUAACAGCCUCAUAUAUGGUUGAGCAAAUAUAUGAGGAAAUAGCUAAUAGAAGGAAAGCAAUAUCAAGAAAGAAAUCAAGGACAGGUCUGUUUAUUAACACGGAUGUGGACUUAUGUAUUGGAAUAAAUAGAACGAGCUGCCUGUAAUUCAAAUUUGUGCUUUCUUCAUCUGGUUCAUGUUUAGUACAUGAUCACUGGAAACUUUCGUGGAAUGUAUAAUACUGUCGCUUGCUGCUAUUCUUCAAAAUUGUAUACCUUUUCGUUUCCUUGAUUUUUUGAGGGGACUGUCAUCUGUUUUGAAGAACUUAAAAAAAUUAAUCAACUAACUUCCUGUCAUUGGAUCCAUUUGCUGAUCAAACUAGACGUUACAUCAACAGAAUACAGGUGACAGUGAGAAUAUUUGAAAAAGAUAGCUAUUAUUGUUUUUGGUCAAGAGUACAAAAAGAAUAAUGCCACGCAAUCUUUUGAAGAGCAUCUUAAAUGUCUUAGCUGAAUGAAGAGAUAUACUUAUAUUAAUUCAAAGACAUUCAUGUGAACUUAGUUGUUCAUUCAGUUGUUGGUUUUACAACACUUGGGAUCAAAUUACUUUUACCAUGCUUUUACUAUGCACUUAAUAAAUCAGUCCUUUGAAUGA